UUUGUUCAGCCCCUGGGAAGUCAAGCGUUUUUGAGGAUAUCUGAAACACCGCUCGUGAUGUGCAGUGCGGUUUUAUGCUAGGACAGUCAGCCUCAAAAUGUAUAUUUCACACACAGAAGUGAACAUUUUGAACGUCUGCGUUUUAUUUCCAAAGCAUUCGUGGGAACCUGUAAAGCUUCGUAAGCUAGAAUUUGAAUUUGUAACGUUUUUUUAAAGAUCAGUUGUCAAAUGAGGACUAAAAACGACGCUAAACUUUGCUUUCCCUUUCUUUAUUCCCAGCCUCUACUACCUUAAAAUGAAAUAUAAUUAUUUUAAUGCUUACGUGCCGUAAGAUUUUACGGAAUUAUGAAAAUUAAUGAAUUCAAGUUUUCAUUGCGGGUGCUGGGGUGGGCUGGUUUCUAUUCUCACACGACUGUCUAUGUUUCCACACGGACCAGUACCGAGUACUAAAUUUCCGAAUUAGCUGUUCCGGUUCGCAUUGUUGUCCUCCUUCCACUUCCUGUCAAAUUGGAGCCGUUCUCCGUCAUCCCCAUUCGGCCCCCACACGAGUUGCAUGUACUGUAGCCGGUGGCACCGUUCUUUGUAGGGGGGGGAGUGAAACUGUUCGGCCCCCGCCCGGGGAUAAGGCAGCGUGUGUCCCGCUUUGCGUUCUCUGCCUGCGGUGGAUUUUGUGACCCCCUACCCUAGGCCGUAGUCAGCAUCCCGUUCUCUCCGUCUCCAGUUUUGGGCCCGAUCUGACCAUCACUGCUGAGGACUGUUAACUAUGGCCAUGAGGCAGACUCCACUGACCUGCUCCGGACACACCCGACCCGUGGUGGACCUGGCCUUCAGUGGAAUAACCCCCUACGGUUAUUUCCUCAUCAGCGCAUGUAAAGAUGGCAAACCCAUGUUGCGCCAGGGGGAUACAGGGGACUGGAUCGGGACAUUCCUGGGUCAUAAGGGUGCUGUUUGGGGGGCCACUUUAAAUAAAGAGGCAACAAAAGCCGCCACAGCAGCUGCAGAUUUUACAGCUAAGGUAUGGGAUGCAGUCACAGGUGAUGAGACCCUUACACUGGCCCACAAGCACAUUGUCAAAACUGUCCACUUUACACAGGACAGCAUCUACCUGUUAACAGGGGGAAAUGAUAAAGUAUUACGCGUCUUUGACCUCAGCAAACCUGAAGCAGAUCCCCAGGAGUUCACAGGACACACUUCUGCCAUCAAAAAGGCACUGUGGUGCAACAGUGACAAACAGAUUCUGUCUGCUGCAGACGAUAAAACUGUCCGUCUGUGGGACAGAAAUACAAUGGAGGUGUUGAAGACUCUCUCCUUCGACGUAUCAGUCAGCAGCAUGGAAUACAUCCCUGACGGAGAAAUCUUGGUGAUCACCUAUGGGAAAACCAUCGCUUUCUACAAUGCACUCAGCCUUGAGCUGAUCAAGACUGUGGACGCUCCAGCUUCAAUCCACUCUGCCUCCCUGCAUCCGGAGAAGGACUUCUUUGUGGCAGGCGGUGAUGACUUCAAGCUCUACAAGUAUGACUACAGCACAAAGGAAGAACUAGAGUCAUACAAGGGCCACUUUGGACCUGUGCACUGCGUGCGGUUCAGUCCAGACGGAGAGCUAUAUGCAAGUGGCUCAGAGGAUGGGACACUGCGGCUAUGGCAGACUGCUGUAGGCAAAACCUACGGUUUGUGGAAGUGUGUUCUUCCUGAGGAGCUGGUGUCGGAGAACUCGGACACACUGUACUGCAACACCCCGGAGAUCAAGGCUUGAGACCCUAAGCUGUACGCCGAGGUUGAGGAGGAGAGCAAAUUCAGGGGGUCCCACAAAUUUAAACCCCCCAGCGGGAUAGAAGGUCACUCCUCCUCAGGGAGAGAUAUCAUAUUGAGCACACCCGGGAGUUUGACCACAGAUAGAUGUAAUGCAUAUACUCCCUUCCCACAUACAGACAGACACACACACACAGUUAAACACAUGCAGGCACACAGUGAGCCCGUUCAAGAAAAAUACACCACACCCUAUAAUUACACAGAGACUAUUCUCUACCUUUGAAGUAGAGCACAUAUUUACAUACACGCAUAGUUGCAUACAUAACAACAUGAAUUUACACCAGAGGAAAGUAGUAGACCUGUGUGUGUUACCACGCUACAGGUGCCUGCUUUUCUUUCUUGGUGAGGUCAGAUUUCAUCCUUUAUCCUUCGUUGGUCUGUACCCAGCACUAUGUGGGCUGCUUUUGUUAUGUUUUGUUGUGAACAUUGGAAACUGUUUUUUGGCCGUGGUGAUGCUUUACUUGAUUUUGUUUUAUUGAUGAAAACGUACUGGGAUAAAUUUACUUAAAAUUGACAAGAAAUGCAAGACUGUUUGGGUUCUUUGCUUCUUCCCCUCUAGUUUUAAAAAAAAAAAAAAAAAAUGCAAUGUUGCAAUUGAAUUUGAGUCUUAAAAAUAUAGACAUCUGCAUUUUCAGUUUGUCUGCAAGUUUUUCACCACUGCCCACCUUGCACAUCCUUAAGUCUGAAAAUCUAAUUUAGCCAAAUUAGAUACAAAGACUGCUAAAAUGUAAUUAAAGGAAAUCUCUGUUGUAAUCCAGAAUAUGCCAUUCAGUAAGGUGUGUUUUUCAAUAUAUUUUACUGGAAUGCCACUAAAUAAAAAGGUAA